AAUUUUUUUUAAAUUGGGAUGACAUAUCAUUCAAUCUGUUAAAUUGCUUUUUACAAUAAUUUUAUUUGGAAAGUACCUUCUAAAUUCUUGUGUAAAACUAUUCAUUCUUGAGAAUCAAUGGCUGCAGCGAAAAAACAUUGCCAGUGUUCUGGACGAGCAGGAGCAGGAGGAGUACCCAAAUUUGGUAUCAAUGGAUUUGGACGUAUUGGACGUUUGGUGCUGAGAACAUCAAUGGAAAGAGGAGCAGAAUGCGUAGGCGUCAAUGAUCCUUUCUUAGAUGCUGCUUAUAUGGAGUAUCUAUUCAAGUACGACUCGACCCAUGGUAGGUUUAAGGGUGACGUUAGCCACGAGGACAAAGCCCUGGUUAUAAAUGGGAGAAAGAUUCCGAUUUUCAACGAGAAAGACCCCAAGCAAAUACCGUGGGGAAAAGUAGGCGCCCUCUAUGUGGUUGAAUCGACGGGAGUCUUCACAACAACGGACAAGGCUUCGGCCCACAUAGACGGGGGCGCCAAAAAGGUCAUCAUUUCGGCCCCAUCCGCUGAUGCGCCCAUGUACGUCUGCGGCGUCAAUCUGGACGACUACGACCCCAACGCCCCCGUCAUCUCCAACGCUUCCUGCACCACCAACUGCCUCGCGCCCUUGGCCAAGGUCAUCCACGACAAUUUCGAGAUCGUUGAAGGUCUGAUGACCACCGUCCACUCGACCACCGCCACACAGAAGACGGUGGACGGUCCUUCCGGCAAGUUGUGGCGUGAUGGACGUGGCGCCGCUCAGAAUAUCAUACCCGCCGCCACCGGUGCCGCCAAGGCCGUCACCAAGGUCAUCAAGUCCCUGGAAGGGAAGUUGACCGGUAUGGCCUUCAGAGUGCCGACGCCGGAUGUAUCGGUGGUAGACUUGACUUGUCGACUCGGAAAAGGCGCCUCCUACGAUGACAUCAAGAGGGUGGUAAAGGAAGCGUCGGAAGGACCAUUGAAGGGCAUCCUAGGCUACACCGAGGAUGAGGUCGUUUCUACCGAUUUCGUGGGAGAUACACACUCCUCGAUUUUUGACGCCAAGGCUGGUAUUUCGUUGAACAACAACUUUGUCAAGCUCAUCUCUUGGUAUGACAAUGAAUACGGGUACUCCAGUAGGGUGGUGGAUUUGAUCAAGUAUGUCCACAGCAAGAGUUAAGGACUAGAACAAUGAAGUUCCUCCAAUGUGAUCUUUGAAGUCUUCAAUAAAUAUAUGUCAUUGAA